AUGAUUUCCGAAAUACGAUCGGAACAGGAGGGGAUAAUAUGGCUAGGAGACAAACCAAACCAGGCAGUAGUCAUACACUCACAGAAAUGUGGAGUUCUCCUGUUAGGCGAUUUACUGGAAGAUUGGAUAGCCAGCGGACAACAGAAAAGUUUCUCCGAGCGGGUCACAGCGGUGCAGAUCGGCAGGCUCCGCCUCAUCGCGACCUAUCAGCCCCUGUGGAGUAAGGGACCUGAGGAAAUUGAAAAGUUCAGGAAAGAUUUGGAAAAUGAGCUUGCACGAACUCCAAAAGAGAGUGUACCCAUACUGGGAGGCGAUUGGAACGCGCAAGUUGGAAGAGGGAGUCAAAGACAGGGCAUAAGUGGGAAGUACGGCCUAAAGACAGAGACAAAUGAAGCUGGAGAAAGUCUACUGGAUUGGUGCGAAGAACACCAGCUACAACAUGUCAACUCCUACUUCCCAAUACGCUCCCGAGGAACAUGGUUCAACCAGAUGCACAGACAUAGACUGGGAACGCAUGAGAAACAAAGAAAUGGCGGAAGCAUACCGCAAGAAGACGGAGGAAAACUCAACAAAAAGAAUGACUGGGACUCCAUAUCGCGGAAGCUCACAGAGACAGCGGAGGAAGUAUGUGGCACAAAGAAACGAAAGAUAGCCAACCCGUGGACAGUGGGAUACGAAGAAGAACUGAGAAGCCUACACACGGAAAUCUCAACAGAAGUAAUGCGCAGAAACGAGCUGAUCAGCCAAACACUUGGAGAAUCACAUGGCAUGCUUGCCGAUGCCCUAACGGCAUCAAGAGGAAGACUGGUAGCCGCACGCAAGAAGAUGAAGAAACGCCUACGACAACUAGAAAGACAAUGGUGGGACGAAAUCAUCAUCGAGUGCAAAAACGCAGCGGAGAAAGGGGACAUGGGUACCAUGUACAAAACUUUAAGGAAACUGGGAACAAGAUCACAGAAACACCAGACAGGCACCACUAUCUCUACUGACGAAUUCAAGGCCCACUUCAGCAACGUAUCGAAGGACCGAAAUGAGAACGACCCGGGUACUUUGAUGAACACAGUCAAACAGAUGCCAGAUGAAAGCAAAGACGUCAAGUUCAUAACAGCCAACCAGAAGCUGAACACCCUUCCGUCCGAGAAAGAAAUCAUGGAAGCACUGGAUGAGAUGAGAGAAUCGGCGCCAGGCAAGGACGGGGUCCGCAUGGUAUACAUUCGCAACGCAUACUGGAAAUGGAGGGAGAAAGUCAUCCACCUGGUGAUGAGAAUGUUCACGACCAGAGCAGACCUGUGGGAAGAGUCUCUUAAGAAAGGCCAAAUAGUACUGUUGCACAAAACAGGGAACAUCAAUGACGCCAACAAUUUGCGAGUUGUGUGCCUGCUCUCAAUGGCUAGUAGAAUUCUAGCAAGAAGGAUCGCAAACCACCUGAGAACAUGGAGCGAAGAACUCCAGAUAUUGGACGAAAACCAAAGCGGGUUUCGACCAGGCAGGUCCACGGCAGACGCAAGCUUGAUCUUCAUAAGGAUAAGAGAGGACGUGGAAGAUCUCAGGAGACGGAGGAUAAGAGCCGGAAUCUCAGUAGAAGUCAACACAGACCGAGAAGCCAGACUUAUAGACCUAACAAAAGCUUAUCCGCGGGUCAGCAAACCGGUCCUCUGGGCAAUCUUUAGGCGCUACGCGAUGGAAGGCCCGUUUCUGGACACACUGAUGGAUUUGCAUGAAGCCACAACCUAUAGUAUAAAGGGCAAAGAGGGCGACAGCGAAGAAUGGACCCCCGAAAGAGGGUUAAGAGAAGGUUGCCCAUCUUCGCCUUCAUUGUUUAACAAAUACCACCAAGUGGUAAUGCGGCAAGCUGAGAAAGCCAGACUAGACGGAACCGAGGAGAAAGGUACAAACGUCAGGAUAGCGUGGACGUGGAUGCCGGAAAACCACUUCCCAGGAAAAAACAUGGUAGAAACGCACAACACUGAAACGCAAACCGCACAAAUAUCAUUGUCCUUGUUCGCAGACGACACCACCCCCAUCGGCGAGAAGGAAGAAAUAGAGUCUGUAACAGCAACAAUAAAAGAAGUUAUGAAGAACUUUGAGGAGAAAAACAACGAAGAAAAAGAAGAGAAACUAAAAUUCGGAAAGGACGGAGCAGGUGGCAUCAGAAUGCUAGGAGUGUGGAUCGGGGCGAAACAAGACAUUAAGAACAGAAAAAGACGAGCAGGAGGACUAUGGGCAAAGGUCAAGCGCCGGCUGACAAAGAGCAGGCUGCCGAAAAGAAUCCAGGCUAGAGUUGUCCAAUGCUGCGUAGAAAGCGGCUUAUUGUUUGACGCCAACGUAAGGACAUGGAAAAACUCGGAGUUACAGUCUUUGCAAAGUUUCAUUGACCGGUGCUAUAGGCACGUCUGGAGCUCAAAGUCGAAGCCGCCAUUAAUUGAAAUGCAAGAAAAAGGAGUGAUUAUGCAGGACAUCAGAAACCAACUGAACAUCAAGACGAUCCGAUGGAAAGUUGAAGGAAGAACUCUAAAACGAAUAGGCCAUGUAAUGAGAAUGGACAAAAAAAAAGAUUGA